AGUGUACUUUGCUGUUCAGAUCCGCCUGCCUUCUGUCCCAGCCUAAUACCGCCCGGCCUCAGCCCCCAUUGUCCCUGGCGCUGGCGAGGUGUCCGGUUGCGGAGCCGGCUGCGUCUCUGGAAAUGCGUCCUGCAUCCCCGCAUGGAUAACAGCUGCAGCUAUGUCAGAAUUGCACAAAGAGAGGAGAGUGUCAUUGUGUGCCUUUUGACACAUACGUUAAGACCAAAAAGGAAAAAAAACGUCUAUCUGUGCUGCCACCGACCAGGCUCAUGGAGGCCAGAUUUUCUCCAAUUAACCAGAUCUUGCCCUGGUGCAGACAAGACUUAGCCAUCAGCAUCAGCAAAGCCAUCAACACCCAGGAGGCCCCCGUGAAGGAGAAGCACGCCCGGCGCAUCAUUCUGGGCACACACCACGAGAAGGGGGCUUUCACCUUCUGGUCCUACGCCAUUGGACUGCCGCUGCCCAGCAGCUCCAUUCUCAGCUGGAAGUUCUGCCAUGUCCUCCACAAGGUCCUUCGAGACGGGCACCCCAAUGUGCUGCAUGACUGCCAGCGGUACCGCAGCAACAUCCGGGAGAUCGGAGACCUGUGGGGACAUUUGCAUGACCGCUACGGACAGCUGGUGAAUGUCUACACCAAGCUGCUGCUGACCAAGAUCUCCUUCCACCUCAAGCAUCCCCAGUUUCCUGCGGGCCUGGAGGUGACAGACGAGGUACUGGAGAAGGCAGCUGGGACUGAUGUCAACAACAUCUUCCAGCUCACUGUGGAGAUGUUUGAUUACAUGGAUUGUGAGCUGAAGCUUUCUGAAUCAGUUUUCCGACAGCUCAACACGGCCAUCGCCGUAUCCCAGAUGUCCUCAGGCCAGUGCCGCCUGGCCCCGCUCAUCCAGGUCAUCCAGGACUGCAGCCACCUCUACCACUACACGGUCAAGCUCCUGUUCAAGCUACACUCUUGUCUCCCUGCGGACACCCUGCAAGGCCACAGGGACCGGUUCCACGAGCAGUUUCACAGCCUCAGGAACUUCUUCCGCAGAGCCUCUGACAUGCUGUAUUUCAAGCGGCUCAUCCAGAUCCCCCGGCUGCCCGAGGGACCCCCUAACUUCCUGCGGGCCUCAGCCCUGGCUGAGCACAUCAAGCCGGUGGUGGUGAUCCCCGAGGAGGCCCCGGAGGACGAGGAACCGGAGAAUCUCAUUGAGAUCAGCACAGGGCCCCCCGCGGGGGAGCCAGUGGUGGUGGCUGACCUCUUCGAUCAGACGUUUGGACCCCCCAAUGGCUCUGUGAAGGAUGACAGGGACCUCCAGAUUGAGAGCUUGAAGAGAGAGGUGGAAAUGCUCCGCUCUGAGCUGGAGAAGAUCAAGCUGGAGGCCCAGCGGUACAUCUCGCAGCUGAAGAGUCAGGUGAAUGCACUGGAGGGUGAGCUGGAGGAGCAGCGGAAGCAGAAGCAGAAGGCCCUGGUGGAUAAUGAGCAGCUCCGCCACGAGCUGGCCCAGCUGAGGGCUGCCCAGCUGGAGGGCGAGCGGAGCCAGGGCCUGCGUGAGGAGGCUGAGAGGAAGGCCAGUGCCACGGAGGCGCGCUACAACAAGCUGAAGGAAAAGCACAGUGAGCUCGUCCAUGUGCACGCAGAGCUGCUUAGAAAGAACGCGGACACAGCCAAGCAGCUGACGGUGACGCAGCAAAGCCAGGAGGAGGUGGCGAGGGUGAAGGAGCAGCUGGCCUUCCAGGUGGAGCAGGUGAAGCGGGAGUCAGAGUUGAAGCUGGAGGAGCAGAGUGACCAGCUGGAGAAGCUCAAGAGGGAGCUGGAGGCCAAGGCCGGAGAGCUGGCCCGCGCGCAGGAGGCCCUGAGCCACACAGAGCAGAGCAAGUCGGAGCUGAGCUCACGGCUGGACAUGCUGAGUGCGGAGAAGGAUGCGCUGAGUGGAGCUGUGCGGCAGCGGGAGGCAGACCUGCUGGCGGCGCAGAGCCUGGUGCGCGAGACAGAGGCGGCGCUGAGCCGGGAGCAGCAGCGCAGCUCCCAGGAGCAGAGCGAGUUGCAGGGCCGGCUGGCAGAGAGGGAGUCUCAGGAGCAGGGGCUGCGGCAGAGGCUGCUGGACGAGCAGUUCGCAGUGCUGCGGGGCGCUGCUGCCGAGGCCGCGGGCAUCCUGCAGGAUGCUGUGAGCAAGCUGGAUGACCCCCUGCACCUGCGCUGUACCAGCUCCCCAGACUACCUGGUGAGCAGGGCCCAGGAGGCCUUGGAUGCCGUGAGCGCCCUGGAGGAGGGCCACGCCCAGUACCUGACCACCUUGGCAGAUGCCUCCAUGCUGGUGGCAGCUCUGACCCGCUUCUCCCAUCUGGCUGCGGAUACCAUCGUCAAUGGCGGUGCCACCUCGCACCUAGCUCCCACCAACCCUGCCGACCGUCUCAUAGACACCUGCAGGGAGUGUGGGGCCCGGGCUCUGGAGCUCAUGGGGCAGCUGCAGGACCGGCAGGCUCUGCGGCACAUGCAGGCCAGCCUGGUGCGGACACCCCUGCAGGGCAUCCUUCAGCUGGGCCAGGAACUGAAACCCAAGAGCCUAGAUGUGCGGCAGGAGGAGCUGGGGGCCAUGGUAGACAAGGAGAUGGCGGCCACAUCCGCAGCCAUUGAAGAUGCCGUGCGGAGGAUCGAGGACAUGAUGAACCAGGCACGCCACGCCAGCUCGGGGGUGAAGCUGGAGGUGAACGAGAGGAUCCUCAACUCCUGCACAGACCUGAUGAAGGCUAUCCGGCUCCUGGUGACGACAUCCACUAGCCUGCAGAAGGAAAUCGUGGAGAGCGGCAGGGGGGCAGCCACGCAGCAGGAAUUUUACGCCAAGAACUCGCGCUGGACCGAAGGCCUCAUCUCGGCCUCCAAGGCUGUGGGCUGGGGAGCCACACAGCUGGUGGAGGCGGCUGACAAGGUGGUGCUUCACACGGGCAAGUAUGAGGAGCUCAUCGUCUGCUCCCACGAGAUCGCAGCCAGCACGGCCCAGCUGGUGGCGGCCUCCAAGGUGAAGGCCAACAAGCACAGCCCCCACCUGAGCCGCCUGCAGGAAUGUUCUCGCACAGUCAAUGAGAGGGCUGCCAGUGUGGUGGCCUCCACCAAGUCAGGCCAGGAGCAGAUUGAGGACAGAGACACCAUGGAUUUCUCCGGCCUGUCCCUCAUCAAGUUGAAGAAGCAGGAGAUGGAGACCCAGGUGCGUGUCCUGGAGCUGGAGAAGACGCUGGAGGCUGAACGCAUGCGGCUGGGGGAGUUGCGGAAGCAACACUAUGUGCUGGCUGGGGCAUCAGGCAGCCCUGGAGAGGCGGCGGCCAUCCGGCCCAGCACUGCCCCCCGAAGUGUAACCACCAAGAAACCACCCCUGGCCCAGAAGCCCAGCGUGGCCCCCAGACAGGACCACCAGCUUGACAAAAAGGAUGGCAUCUACGCAGCUCAACUCGUGAACUACUAGGCCCCCCAGGGGUCCAGCAGGGUGGCUGGUGACAGGCCUGGGCCUCUGCAACUGCCCUGACAGGACCGAGGGGCCUUGCCCCUCCACCUGGUGCCCAAGCCUUCUGCCCCACUGUCUGGAUCAGUGUCCUCAAGGCCCCUGGCCCUUACUGAGCCUACAGGGUCCUGGGCCAUGUGGGUGGUGCUUCUGGAUGUCUGUCUCUUAUUUACCUGCAGAAGGAACUUUGGGGUGCAGCCAGGACCCGGUAGGCCUGAGCCUCAACUCUUCAGAAAAUAGAGUGUUUUUAAUAUUCCGAGCUAGAGCUCUUCUUUCUACGUUUGUAGUCAGCACACUGGGAAACUGGGCCAGCGUGGGGCUCCCUGCCUUCUGGACUCCUGAAGGUCGUGGAUGGACGGAAGGCACACAGCCCGUGCCGGCUGAUGGGACGGGGGUCAGGCAUCCUGUCUGUGGCCUUCUGGGGCACCGAUUCUACCAGGCCCUCCAGCUGCGUGGUCUCCGCAGACCAAGCUCUGGGUGGGCUAGAGGAAUGUCGCCCAUUACUCCUCAGGCCUGGCCCUCGGGCCUCCGUGAUGGGAGCCCCCAGGAGGGGUCAGAUGCUGGAAGGGGCCGCUUUCUGGGGAGUGAGGUGAAGACAUAGCGGCCCAGGCGCUGCCUUCACUCCUGGAGUUUCCAUUUCCAGCUGGAAUCUGCAGCCACCCCCAUUUCCUGUUUUCCAUUCCCCCGUUCUGGCCGCGCCCCACUGCCCACCUGAAGGGGUGGUUUCCAGCCCUCCGGAGAGUGGGCUUGGCCCUAGGCCCUCCAGCUCAGCCAGAAAAAGCCCAGAAACCCAGCUGCUGGACCAGUGCCCUCAGGGAGGGGACCCUGCAGCUAGAGCAAACUAGGCCCUGGCUUUGCCCAUCAGAUUUGAAUGAAUGUGUGUCCCUUGAGCCUGAGGAGAGCGGCAGGAGGGGUGGGACCAGGCUGGGAGGACAGAGCCAGCAGCUGCCAUGCCCUUCUGCUCCCCGCACCCCGUCCCCGGCCCCAGCCCCAGCCCCAGCCCUAGCCCUUUAGCCGUUCACCCUGUGCUCUGGAAAGGCUACCAGAUACUGGCCAAGGUCAGGAGGAGCAAAAAUGAGCCAGAACCAGCGCCUUGGCUUUGUGUUAGCAUUUCCUCCUGAAGUGUUCUGUUGGCAAUAAAAUGCACUUUGACUGUU